AUGAUGACUAAGUUGAGCCCUCGAAUCUCACCCAACUCAAUUCAGAUUGUGAUCGGUAUUAUAUUGCCUUUAAUUGGCACAUGUGGUUUGAUUGGUAAUUCGAUAUCUGCGUUUAUUUACAGUCGAAAGUCGAUGUUAAGUUCAUUGAACGUAUACCUGUGUGCAUUAGCAGUUUCCGAUAUGACAAUUAUAAUAACGGCGUUUUUCUUGUUCUUUCUUGAGAACAUGCGAACUCGUUCGGUAUUGCUCUCGAAGUUUUUCGCGACGUUGGCACCAAUAACAUUUCCACUUGGAUUGACCGCGCAGUCGUUAUCGGUUUUCUUGACGGUCACUGCAGCGAUUGAUUGCUUUGUUUUGGUCGCGUCAUCGCAAUCCAUCAAGCAACGAUUUUGUUCAAUUAGUCUAUCGUUUCAGGUAUUAGCUUGUAUCGUAUUCAUGGCAGCACUCUACAAUUCACCCCAUAUGUUUGAAAUAAUUGUUAUUGAUUGUUGGAGUGUUCCGUAUUCACAACAAAGUCUUGAUGUUUGUCCAACCGAUCUUCGUCAAAGCGAGAUGUAUUUUACUGUAUAUUAUGCGUGGAUGUAUACACUGGUGAUGGCCGUAGGGCCGGUAGCAUUGUUGAUUGCUCUUAAUUCAGCGAUUAUAAUUUAUAUGAGACAUCAUCCACCUCAAGAAGAUAGUGACUCAGACAUUAUCACGCUCGUUCUGGUCGUGUGUCUGUUCAUUUCAUGCAAUAUGCUUCCUCUAACCGUUAAUUUUUUGGAGUUAUUCUUUGGCAUCGUGAAUUCGUAUUUGAUAGAUUUAUCGAAUUUAAUGGUUGUUGUUAAUUCAUCGUGCAAUUUUCUUAUUUACUACGCGUUCGGUAGCAGAUUUCGACGUACCCUCAAGGAGUAUCUGAACUCAUUUCUACGCCGAUCUACAGCAUCUUCGUCACCAUUCGAUGUCACUAAUAAGAUCACUAAUGGAAACCGAAAAUUCGAACAUAUGAUACCGCAUACUGAAGUUCUUAUAUGA